AGUGCAUGAAGAGUAGAUCAUUAGACUGGAUGGACUCGCUUUCCCAUCAUGCUUCCUGGCAAGGGGUUAUUGGGAUCGGAAUGAGGUUGGCUAAAAUGGCGGGGCUAUAGAAACGCUGUGAGUGUUUACCGACGUCCAGAAACGUUACAGAUGGCUGGGGAAACUAUUGAAAAGAGAGAGCGAGAUUCUUCACCCAUCAAAGAAGAGCGGAGGCGCUCACGGUCAGCAGAACGAGAUCGUGAACGGGAGCGUGAUAGAAAAGCCUCUCCUGUUGCAAAGGAUAGAAAACGACACCGCUCUCGUGACAGGAGGAGAGGCAGUCGAUCAAGAUCCCGAUCUAGAUCCAAAUCAGCUGAGAGAGAACGGCGAUAUAAAGAGAGGGAAAGAGACAAAGAACGAGAACGCAAUAAGAAAGAUCGAGACCGGGACAAAGAUGGGCAUCGAAGAGACAGAAAACGAUCCAGGAGCACCUCCCCAAGUCGGAACAAAGAUUCCAAGUCAAGGAAAGAUAGAGAUGCUCGCAAAGAUGAAGAUGAUGAUUCAUUGUCCAAGAAGGAAAAGGCUCAGCCACUUUCUCUGGAGGAGCUGCUGGCCAAGAAGAAAGCUGAAGAAGAGGCUGAAGCUAAGCCCAAGUUCCUUUCUAAGACCGAGCGAGAGGCUGAGGCCUUAAAGCGUCGGCAGCAGGAAGUCGAGGAACGACAGCGGUUCCUGGAAGAAGAGAGAAAAAAGAGAAAGCAAUUCCAAGAAAUGGGAAGAAAAAUGCUGGAAGACCCUCAGGAGAGAGAGCGGCGUGAGCGCAGGGAGCGCAUGGAACGAGAGACCAAUGGCAAUGAAGAUGAGGAAGGACGGCAAAAAAUCCGUGAGGAGAAAGACAAGACCAAGGAGCUGCAUGCCAUCAAAGAGCGAUAUUUGGGUGGGAUCAAGAAGCGGAGACGCACUCGACAUUUGAACGACCGCAAAUUUGUCUUUGAAUGGGAUGCUUCAGAAGAUACUUCUAUUGACUAUAAUCCUUUGUACAAGGAGCGACACCAGGUUCAGUUGCUGGGGCGUGGUUUCAUCGCUGGCAUUGACUUGAAACAGCAGAAGCGGGAACAGUCACGUUUCUAUGGAGAUCUGAUGGAGAAGCGGCGAACGCUGGAAGAGAAGGAACAAGAAGAGGCGCGUUUGCGCAAGCUACGUAAAAAGGAGGCUAAGCAGCGAUGGGAUGAUCGGCACUGGUCUCAAAAGAAACUUGAUGAAAUGACAGACAGGGACUGGCGUAUCUUCCGUGAAGAUUACAGCAUCACCACCAAGGGAGGCAAGAUUCCCAAUCCCAUUCGUUCCUGGAAAGACUCCUCAUUGCCUCCUCACAUCUUGGAGGUUAUUGACAAAUGUGGCUAUAAGGAACCUACUCCUAUCCAGCGUCAAGCCAUCCCCAUUGGUUUGCAGAAUCGUGAUAUCAUCGGUGUAGCAGAAACUGGGAGUGGUAAAACAGCUGCCUUCCUUAUUCCACUUCUGGUAUGGAUCACCACUCUUCCCAAGAUUGAUAGGAUUGAGGAGUCAGACCAAGGUCCCUACGCUAUCAUCUUAGCUCCCACUCGUGAGUUGGCUCAGCAAAUUGAGGAAGAAACCAUUAAGUUUGGAAAGCCCCUGGGCAUCCGCACCGUGGCUGUGAUUGGUGGUAUCUCCCGUGAGGACCAAGGCUUCCGCCUCCGCAUGGGUUGCGAGAUUGUGAUUGCCACACCUGGCCGAUUGAUUGAUGUGUUGGAGAACCGCUACCUGGUGCUGAGCCGUUGUACCUAUGUGGUAUUGGAUGAGGCUGACCGUAUGAUUGACAUGGGUUUUGAACCUGAUGUGCAAAAGAUUCUGGAGCACAUGCCUGUUACUAAUCAGAAACCAGAUACCGAUGAGGCUGAGGACCCAGAGAAGAUGCUGGCCAAUUUUGAAUCGGGCAAGCAUAAAUACCGACAGACUGUGAUGUUCACAGCAACCAUGCCACCUGCUGUGGAACGUCUGGCACGCAGUUACUUGCGCCGGCCAGCUGUGGUGUAUAUUGGCUCAGCUGGCAAGCCACAUGAGCGUGUGGAGCAAAAGGUCUUCCUCAUGUCGGAAUCAGAGAAAAGAAAGAAACUGCUGGCUAUUUUGGAGCAAGGUUUUGAUCCACCCAUUAUCAUCUUUGUCAACCAGAAGAAGGGCUGUGAUGUAUUGGCCAAAUCUUUGGAGAAAAUGGGGUACAAUGCUUGCACCCUUCAUGGUGGUAAAGGCCAGGAGCAGCGUGAAUUUGCCCUCUCCAAUUUGAAGGCUGGUGCCAAGGACAUUUUGGUGGCCACAGAUGUAGCCGGUCGUGGUAUUGACAUUCAGGAUGUGUCCAUGGUGGUGAAUUAUGAUAUGGCUAAAAACAUCGAAGAUUACAUCCACCGCAUUGGUCGAACAGGACGAGCUGGGAAAAGCGGGGUAGCUAUUUCUUUUGUAACCAAAGAGGACUCUGCUGUCUUCUAUGACCUUAAGCAAGCUAUCCUUGAGAGUCCAGUGUCUUCAUGCCCCCCAGAACUGGCCAACCAUCCAGAUGCCCAACACAAACCAGGAACCAUCCUCACAAAGAAGCGUCGGGAGGAGACUAUCUUUGCCUGAGUGUGCAGCUAAUCUACAAAGAGCCCUCCCCCCCCUGGUAUUAUAAUCGGGGGCACCCUUUGACCACCAUUUGAGGUCUAGAGAAUGACACAGGGUAAAGCAUAGUGGCUCUUCCAGUCUUUAACAGUGAAGUGGCUGUUUCAUUUUCUCACUUUCUGUGAACGUAAAUACACUUCUCUCACUAUAUAUAUGAUAACCCUGCAUUGAAGACUGAACAAUGGGAACAUUUCUCCAAGAGAUAGGGUAUCAUCUUGCAAAUCUUGAUCUCCACAAAUCGUUUAAUGUUCUUCUUCUUGAAGAUGUCUAUAGAAAACUUAUAUUUCUUUUUGUUGUGGUGAUUGAGAAUGGCUAGCAAUCUUGCCUUCUUGAUUGAUUCUUCCAAACAUAUUUGAAGGGAGAGGGAAUUCAGCUGUCGACUUCUACAUUUGCCAUCUUCUCCAUAAAUCAGACAAGAAGGACUUUGGGGGCUUGGCCCAAUGAAGAGGGGAAUUCUGUUUGUGAUCAUCUACUUCUCCAGAUCCUCUUUUCCUGCUCCAAUGAGGACUUCUCUUCAUUUCUAAACCUAAGCUGUUAUGUUUCUAUUCAAUUGUGUUUUUGUUUUAUCUAGAACUGCCCCCCUGCCCACAUAGAAAGGGCAGGUAAUGUACAGAAAGACUCCUAUUUUUUUUCAAUGAUCUGAAAAACAAUUACUAUAAAUCCAUAUGAAACAUUG